AGUUGCACGAGCGAUGCAGGGAAGUUUAUGGGCCUAUUCCCAAAAACUGGAAAAUCGGUUAAGGUUGAUUUCCACGGAGCCCAUUAUUGUGAAAUCAUGCUCGCAAAGAUAAAGAUUCCUUUAUCAGAUAUUGGGAAUGCGAUUCUGGCUUUGGAUUCUUCAGCCCUGGAGAUCAAUCAAGUUGGGAAUCUGGUUAAAUUCUGUCCUACAAAAGAAGAAAUGGAGACACUGAAGAACUAUACUGGAGACAAGGAAAUGCUUGGAAAGUGUGAACAGUUUUUCCUGGAGUUAAUGAAGGUACCACAAGUGGAAUCCAAGUUACGAAUAUUUUCAUUUACAAUUACAUUUUCUAGCCAGGUGAAUGACUUAAGACUUAAGCUGAAUACAAUCAAUGAUGCUACUAAGGAGGUAAUAGAAUCCAUGAAGUUGCGUCAAAUAAUGCAGACAAUUCUCACUUUGGGAAAUGCAUUGAAUCAGGGAACUUCCCGAGGAUCAGCUGUAGGAUUCAAACUGGAAAGCCUUCUUAAAUUAUCUGAUACUCGUGCAAGAAACAACAAAAUGACCUUGAUGCAUUAUUUAUGCAAGCUCCUUGCUGAGAAAAUGCCGGAGUUGCUAGAUUUUGAUAAAGAUCUUCUUCAUUUAGAAGCAGCUUCUAAGAUCCUAUUGAAGUAUUUGGCUGAAGAAAUGCAAGCAGACAGCAAUGGUCUUGAAAAGGUUGAGCAGGAACUAACUGCUUUGGUGAACGAUGGUGCUAUAUCUGCAGGCUUUCAAAAGGUCUUGAAGAGUUUCUUUGAUACCACUGAAGCUGAAGUAAGGUCACUUAGUUCUUUGUACUCUGAAGUGGGAAGAAAUGCAGACUCAUUGUGUCAGUAUUUUGGGGAGGAUCCAGCUCGAUGCCCCUUUGAGCAAGGUGAGAAUGAACAGCAGGCAGAGGCUGAAAAAAAGAAGUUGGAGAAGGAAGCCCUGAAAACUCGGACAUCAGCUAAAUCUUUCAGAAGAAAAGAGGCUGUUGAUGCUGAUCCCUUUACCCAAAUCCGAAACAAACUGCAUAAGUAAUCGAAGCAGUGUAACACCCACAAAACUCUGGCCUGAUGUACGAGGCAUAUUAAGAAUUCCACUAUUGACACAUUCUAGAAAAAUAUUGGCUGGCUGGCUGUUUGAGGCACUGAUGGCACCUCCUGCAAGCGAUAAUGUUGAAUUGAAGUGCACCACCAACAUCUUCUACAUGUAGUGAUGCUGCUAUCUUCACUGCCACUGAAAUCCUUGGUACAUACUUGGAUGGGAAAAAGAUGGUCUCAUGCACGAGACUCUCACUAUUGCGGGGUUUAAAAAAAGUCAGAUGUAUACAGUUUUAUCUUUGUAUGUGGAGAGACUAUUUUUGCGAGUCGAUCUCUUGACGCCCCAGGUAACACUAAAACAAUUUUAUCGCUGCGGCAAGGCUCACAAUAGAGUAACUU